CUGCGUAUAUGUUGUAAUUAAUGAGAUACGGAGGGAAAUGAAGUUCUAUUCUACAUCAAAUUCACAUACAUUACUAUCUAUUUCCCUCUAGAUAAAGUUGCAAGAUACGGAGAUACAAUUAAGUUUGGUUCCGGUCUUUCAAACCGCAUUAGUGAAAACUUAAUUUUUUCCCAAACACAAAAAAAGCUGGUCGGGAAGAAAAUAUGAUCAUCAUUUAGUGGAAGGUUUGCAUAUAUGGCAGUUGCGUGUUCUACCUAGCUGCUUCAAUGGUUGUGGCCUGGUGCCUUUUCCAACUUCAAGGAACAGAUAUUCUCCUUGGGGAAAACCGGAGGAUAGGUCAGCGACCGGAAACACGUGAUGUCAAGGAUUAUCAACUUCGAAUCGGAAGGUCUAAUCGAUUGAAGAAGAACUACUCGAAGGUGCGGCAGAAGCUAUUUCUUCGAUGAUCUGGGCCUGCGACUGAAAAAGGAAGUAAUUUUCAUACGAAUGGAAGAAGGUGAAUGUGCCACUCAAGAGGAGCUAGCGUGAGGUGAACGGUGGUGAUCUAUUCUGGAUGAAUGAUUCUGAUUGAUUUGUAUUGCUAUUAAAUACUCCGUCCGUCUCUCGUCAUUGUCCCAUUUCUAUUCAUUUGGAUUAUCUCUCUUACUUUAUUUAUCAAAUUUUUAUCAAAUUUUAUUCUGGUUUUUGCUACUUUACAAAAAUUAUUGUAGUUUCUGAAUAUGCAAUUUUUUUUCUAAAGAUAAUUCUAAUGCGGACAAGGAUCUGUUUGCUUUAUCACUAGUCAAACAUCGUAAACCGCAACGAGACAAUAACACGGGGACGAAAGUAGUAUAAGGAUUUGUAGUACAUUAACAUAAGUCGUUUACGAUAGAAAUUUUUUUAUGACUCUAAUAUCAUGAUCACUAUAGAACAAAGAAAAAAGUCUUUUAUACACACUUCACUCUCUAUUUGUAACAAAACAAACAUCUUUACUUAUAUGGUCGCUAGUUUUUUUCUUUCUUUUGAAAGUACUCCCUCCGUCCCAUUAGAAUUUAGAAGGUUCAUACUUUUCUUUUUUGGGCAUUCCAUAUAAAGGUUCUCAUUUCCAUUUUAGGAAACAAUUAACAAUUAAGUGACAAAUUAAUCAUUAAAUAUUAAAAGUAAUACAUUUAUAAUAUCACAAUUACCAAUACUAACUACAUUAUAAUAUACUCCCUUACUCACGAAAAGGUUUGUCAAAUUGACUUUUUCUUGAUUUAUGACAAUCAACUUUGACGGAUAAUAUUUUUUAAUAUGAAAUUAUUUUGAAUAUGAAAAUUAUAUCAAAUUGUUCCUUAAUUCAAAUAUUUUCAUAAAAAAAUAAAAUUUAUAAAUUAUAUACAAAUAUUAAAAUCAUUUACAAAGAAAAGUCAAUCUGUUGAACCUUUUCCACACAGAGGUACUAUAUAUUUGUGAAAUAUUUUAUUUAAUUAUGGUCUCAUUAACAUUUGUAACAGUACCCCUUUUUCUAAGACUUACCGUCGUCUAUGGACGUUAGGGUUAUUAUCGUUCCGGUUAUUCUACUCUUUCAGACAAAGUCGCAGGUAAAGACAUAGUUCCUGAGUCCUGACAUCGCUCGACUCUCUUGGCCUCUCUAUCUGCUUCAAUCGACUUCUCUUAGUUAAUUCAAUAUCAAGGUAUUCCAAUCUCUCUGUAGGGUUUUGCAACAAUGGCCAGUAUGGUCAUAACCACCAUAUUGGAAAAGAUGACGGGUAAGGAUAAGGAUUACAGAUACAUGGCCACUUCUGAUUUGCUCAACGAACUGAACAAAGAAGGAUUUAAACUUGAUGCUGAACUUGAAGCAAAAGUUUCAAAUGUUGUACUACAACAGCUAGAUGAUGCUGCGGGUGAUGUUUCUGGAUUGGCCGUAAAAUGCCUUGCACCUUUGGUGAAGAAGGUUCGUGAGCAACAAGUCUUGGAGAUGACAAACAAGCUGUGUGAUAAACCGCUAAAUGGGAAAGAGCAACACCGAGACAUUGCAAGCAUUGCAUUAAAAACAAUCGUUUCUGAAGUUCCUUCAUCUGUUGCCCAAUCUAUUCUUGUCUCUAUCUCCCCCAAGUUGAUAAAGGGAAUAACAGCUCCUGUGAUGAAUACUGAAAUAAAAUGUGAAUGCCUUGACAUAUUGUGUGAUGUUCUUCACAAAUAUGGAACACUGGUUACAUCUGAUCAUGAGGUAUUGCUGAGUGCAUUAAUACCUCAGCUAAGUUCCAACCAAGCCAGUGUUAGAAAGAAAACAGUUUCAUCUUUAGCAUCUUUAGCAUCAAGCUUGUCAGAUGAUUUGUUGGCGAAGGUCACAGCUGAAGUUGUAAAGCUCUUGAGCAAUAAGCGCUCAAAGCCGGAGAUGACACGAACUAACAUUCAGAUGAUUGGGGCACUAAGCCGUGCUGUUGGCUAUCGUUUUGGCCCCCACUUGGCUGAUGCAGUUCCAGUACUAAUAAACUAUUGUACAACUGCAUCUGAGAAUGAUGAGGAACUUCGCGAGUAUAGUUUACAGGCACUUGAGAGUUUCUUGCUAAGGUGCCACAGGGAUAUUUCCUCUUACUGUAAUGAAAUUUUGCAUCUUACUUUGAAAUUCUUGAGUUAUGAUCCCAAUUUCACUGAUAAUAUGGAGGAAGACACUGAUGAUGAAAUUCAGGAGGAAGAUGAGGAUGAUGAAAGUGCUGAUGAGUAUACCGACGAUGAAGAUGUCAGCUGGAAGGUUAGAAGAGCCGCUGCAAAAUGCUUAUCAGCUGAAAUUAAGUUUGGUUCCGGUCUUUCAAACCGCAUUAGUGAAAACUUAAUUUUUUCCCAAACACAAAAAAAGCUGGUCGGGAAGAAAAUAUGAUCAUCAUUUAGUGGAAGGUUUGCAUAUAUGGCAGUUGCGUGUUCUACCUAGCUGCUUCAAUGGUUGUGGCCUGGUGCCUUUUCCAACUUCAAGGAACAGACAUUCUCCAUGGGAAAAACCGGAGGAUAGGUCAGCGAUCGGAAACACGUGAUGUCAAGGAUUAUCAACUUCGAAUCGGAAGGUCCAAUCGAUUGAAGAAGAACUACUCGAAGGUGUGGCAGAAGCUAUUUCUUCGAUGAUCUGGCCUGCCGCCUGCGACUGAAAAAGGAAGUAAUUUUCAUACGAAUGGAAGAAGGUGAAUGUGCCACUCAAGAGGAGCUAGCGUGAGGUGAACGGUGGUGAUCUAUUCCGGAUGAAUGAUUUGAUUGAUUUGUAUUGCUAUUAAAUACUCCGUCCGUCUCUCGUUAUUGUCCCAUUUUUAUUCAUUUGGAUUAUCUCUCUUACUUUAUUUAUCAAAUUUUUAUCAAAUUUUAUUCUGG